GGUCCAAAGCCCAGCAGCCCGGGGGACGCUGCGGAGGCCGGCGGGGCUCGGAGGCUGCAGGGAAAGCACCCGCUGUUCUCCAAGCUGCGGCGGCAGCUCAGAGAAAUCCAGUGAGAUACUGAGUAUUAUAUUGGGAUUGAAUAUCUUGCCGGUUCCAAUGUCUUCCGAGGAAUCUUUCUCCAUCGCACCUGGACAGCUUGAAGGGCCGGAGAAUGGCAGCCAACUCACUGGGGAAUCAGAACUAAGGAUCAUCCUCCUCGGUAAGAGUGGAGGUGAGAAAAGUGCAACAGGAAACGCCAUCCUUGGGGAGGAGAAGUUUAAGUCUGUACUGGAGGCUACGCCCAUUACUCAGAGAUGUAGUGAAGGCAGCAAGACCUGGAAAGGAAGGAAGCUUGUGGUUGUCAACACGCCUGCUAUUUUGGACACCAAGGACUCUGAUGAACAAACCAACCGUGAGAUCAGUUGCUGCAUGGAGCUCUCCUCCCCAGGCCCCCAUGCACUGGUGCUGGUAACCGCUGGAGGUUUCACAGAGGAAGACCAGCAUGCCGUGAGGAGAGUACAAGAGAUUUUUGGCCCCGAGGCCAUGAAGUACACAAUCGUCUUAGUCACCCUCAGAGAAGACUUACCGAGUGGAAACUUGGAGGAAUAUAUCUCCCACCCGGAUAACAAACAGCUUCAGGAGCUGAUCAAACAGUGUCAGGGCCGAUACUGCGCUUUCAGCAAUAAAGCUACAUGUGCAGACCGGACUGCCCAGGCUGAAGAGCUGAUGACUAAGAUUGCUCGUAUGGUGGAGGAGGAGAAUAAAGACCAUUUGGUGUGUAAAGCACCUGAGAAGCUUCUAAAAGAAGAUGAGACAGAUAAAGGUAAAGAUAAGAUGGGCAAAGUGGGAGAUGAAAUGGAAAAGGAUAUGCAGGGAGGAGCUCAAGGGGUAGAGCACUCAUCCAUGAAAACAGGGAAAGGGCCGGAGAAUGGCAGCCAACUCACUGGGGAAUCAGAACUAAGGAUCAUCCUCCUCGGUAAGCGUGGAGGUGAGAAAAGUGCAACAGGAAACGCCAUCCUUGGGGAGGAGAAGUUUAAGUCUGUACUGGAGGCUACGCCUGUUACUCAGAGAUGUAGUGAAGGCAGCAAGACCUGGAAAGGAAGGAAGCUUGUGGUUGUCAACACGCCUGCUAUUUUUGACACCAAGGACUCUGAUGAACAAACCACCCGUGAGAUCAGUUGCUGCAUGGAGCUCUCCUCCCCAGGCCCCCAUGCACUGGUGCUGGUAACCGAGCUGGGAGGUUUCACAGAGGAAGACCAGCACGCCGUGAGGAGAGUACAAGAGAUUUUUGGCCCCGAGGCCAUGAAGUACACAAUCGUCUUAGUCACCCUCAGAGAAGACUUACCGAGUGGAAACUUGGAGGAAUAUAUCUCCCACCCGGAUAACAAACAGCAGGAGCUGAUCAAACAGUGUCAGGGCCGAUACUGCGCUUUCAACAAUAAAGCUACAUGUGCAGACCGGACUGCCCAGGCUGAAGAGCUGAUGACUAAGAUUGCUCGUAUGGUGGAGGAGGAGAAUAAAGACCAUUUGGUGUGUAAAGCACCUGAGAAGCUUCUAAAAGAAGAUGAGACAGAUAAAGGGCCGGGGAGCGGCAGCCGACUCACUGGGGAAUCAGAACUGAGGAUCAUCCUCCUUGGUAAGAGUGGAGGCGGGAAAAGUGCAACAGGAAACACCAUCCUUGGGGAGGAGAAGUUUAAGUCUGUACUGGAGGCUAUGCCCGUUACUCAGAGAUGUAGUGAAGGCAGCAGGACCUGGAAAGGAAGGAAGCUUGUGGUUGUCGACACGCCUGCUAUUUUUGACACCAAGGACUCUGAUGAACAUACCACCCGUGAGAUCAGUCACUGUGUUGUGCUCUCCUCCCCCGGCCCACACGCUCUGAUGCUGGUAACCCAACUGGGCCGUUUCACAGAGGAAGACCAGCACACCGUGAGGAGAGUACAAGAGAUUUUUGGCCCCAAGGCCAUGAAGUACACAAUCAUCUUAUUCACCCGCAGAGAAGACUUACAGAGUGAAACCCUGAAGAACUAUAUCUCCCACUCAGAUAACCAACAGCUUCAGGAGCAUCAACAGUGUCAGGGCCAAUACUGUGCUUUCAACAAUAAAGCUACGUGGGCGGACCGGACUGCCCAGGCUGAAGAGCUGAUGACUAAGAUUGCUAAUAUGGUGGAGGAGGAGAAUAAAGACCAACCCUACUAUACUAAUGAGGUGUAUGAAAAGGCUGAGAAGCUUCAGAAGUUAAAAGACAUGUUUUGUGAGAAAGAUGAAAGACCACAUCGAUGUGAAAAAGGGGAGGCUGAGCUGAGAGAAUUGAUAGAAACACAGAAAUCCUAUGAGAAAAUACAGAAAUCCAAGGUUUGUAAAUGUAAAUAUAAGCACAGUCCCUGUUGUUGGUGUUUCCUAGUGCAAUGUAUGUCAAAAUGUCUGAAGUGCAGAAGUGAUAGUUUCUGAGCUUCGUCUAUUUCUGGUUCUCCUGUGGUUUUACCCGGCUUUGUAGAGGCUCAGUAGUUAGAGAUCGAGGGAAAAGAACUUUUAACUCUUCUUAAGUAAAAUUUUCAAAGCGGCUCAGGGUGUUUCUACACGGCAUUUUGGAAUGCGCGGGAGCACGUCUCUCAGUCCAGGUUGAUAAAAGCCCACCCAAACCCUCAGGCUUCAGAACCCGAGCUUCAGCUCAAGCUGAAACUUUCCAGAGCUGUCUCUAAAGCUGUUUUUAGAGCACUAGUGUGAGACCUGCUAGCCCAGUCUGGUAUGCUUGCUCCAAAAUGCUGUGCAGAUGUACUCCACAUGACUUCAGAGCCUAUGUCCCAUUUUCUCCAGGUUUGGGGGGAUUGAGGCUUUGGAGGAUUUUUCCCAACAGCAUCUACUCCAAUGUUUUGUUCCAUUCAGUCUUAAACAAAUCACUGAUGGAAACCAGCUGUUUGUUGAUGAAAGCCCCAUUCUCUGUUAGGAAGAUGUCUUGUUACCCUAAUUGUUCUUUUCUUCAAUUUCACCCAGUUAUACCUAUGUAUAAAUCUUUGGCCCAUCCUAAACAAUUCAGUUCUUCCAAAUGCCCAAUCCAUUUUACUUCUCUUCUCUAGCACCCCUAUAAUUCACCUUUUCUGGUAGUGAAAUGCCAAGAUCUGAAAGCACCAUUCCAGAAGCGAUCACUCCAAGAGUGCUCGCCAGCCCUGUCACCUCCCUGCUCUGGGACAUGAUGGCUCUGCAGCUCAAAGGCAGAUUGGUUUUGUCUCUUAACACCACACAUGGCAAACUCCUGUCUAAUGAGUUUAUUUCCCUCAAAUCCCAUAAUCUCUAAAAAGUCAUUAAAGGAAUUUCACUGUUUCAUAACUACGAAUUCCUAAGUCCUGCAUCUCAACAGCUCAUAUGUCCUCACCCUAUAUUAGUGCAGAAUGUUUAUACAGAUAUCAGUAAGUCAAACCAUUAAUUAGCAUUUGUUCUUUACUAAUAUUACAUACUGAGAAAUCUGUACCAAACACAUCUUAUUGUGAAAACAUGUUUUAGGGGACCGCUGUAGUAUAAACCUCUCAAAAUUAAACAAACAUUGUUUACAGAUAAAUUGGAAUUAUUUUAUAUUCAUGUUUUGAUUUAUGAUGAAAAUGAAAUUGAGCUGGUUAUCUAAGGCACGGAUGUAUGAAAUAUUAGACAGUUUUAAUGAAAAAUGUAUGAAAUAACCAGAUGAAUGGUAAUUUUUACAUCCUGGUAGAGUGAGACUUUUUUUAAGUUACUGAUACAUUGGUUGCCAACGCUUGUAAAAUACUGCAGAAGAUACAUGCCCUUUAAACUGAGAGAACCUAACGAACAUUCUUUUUGUUCUUCUAAAGUAUUAGAAAAGGAAUAGUUUUCUGGUAACAAAUAUUAGAAUUGUAAAUGCAAGAUCGGGUCUGGAUUCUGCUUUCUGUAGCUCUAAAUUGGUUUGUCUUUAAAAACUAUGCUCACAGUUUGCACUUGUAUUUCAAUGAGUUACAAUAAAAUAUUUUUGUUUCUAUUUUA